AUUAUUAAAUUCCCAAUCCGCAGCAAAUCUUAUCGUUCGUGAUUACGAUACAAAUAUCUACUUCCGUAUAUGUUAUCGCGUGUAUAUAAACUGGGUUUGUACUACAGAGAUUAGAAGUUCAAGCCUAUAUUCGUUGGAAACAUCCCAGUCAUUGUUAUUUUGACGGCAAAGCCAUUUGGCUCAGGUGACCUAGGAGCUCUGUUAUAUCUUGUGGCUGCUACCAAUUAGUACUAUCGUGAGUACUCAUAUAUAAAAUUGUCUUAGAACCAUGCCGAAAGCCGUGUUCUCGUACUUCCCCAUGAAGGGUCUGGGUGAGCCAUCUCGCUUGCUGCUAGCGUACGGUGGAGUGGAGUUCGAAGAUCGCCGUAUUCCUCAGGGAGAAGAAUGGCUGGCGUUCAAACCCCAGACCCCAUUCGGUCAGAUGCCCGUGCUGGAGAUGGACGGCAAGCAGUAUGCCCAGAGCUACGCCAUCGCGCGGUACUUGGGCCACAGGUUUGGACUGGCUGGAGACAACAUCGAGGAAGCCUUCGAGAUCGACCAGAAUGUUUACUUAAUCGAUGAUCUAAGACUCAAGGGUGCGAUAGUGCACUAUGAACCCGACCCGGAGGUAAAGGAAAGGAAAUAUGCUGAAUACUCUAAGACCUGGUAUCCGAAUCUGCUGGAGAGACUGAACGCUGUCGUUGUGAAGAACAACGGUCACGUCGCACUUGGAAAGUUGACGUGGGGUGACUUCGUGUUCGCUGGUAUGCUGGACUACCUGAAGUUGCUGCUGAGGAUGCCUGACCUUGAGCAGAAGUACCCUGCCUUCAAGCAGGUCGUUGACAACGUGUACUCUAUUCCCAAGGUCAAGGCGUACGCUGAUGCUGCUCCUGUCACUCACUUUUAGAUCCUGAUUAAAUAAGUGUUAGAUUAUAAGAAGGUGUUGAAUAAAUAUAACGUUAAUUUUAA